AUGAGCACGCAUUCAUCGGGUCCAUACAGCUACGCCCAGUCGCCAAGUCCACCCGAGACGGAUUUGGAUGCCCUUUCUCUCGAUUCAGAGUGGUUGAAUGCCCUGCCUUUCCAUCCCAUCUUUAGUUGGGCAGGCACUGGCACUUCAACCAAGCAGACCGCAUGCACGCCAAAGUCCAACGUGGUCAUCAGUGGCUCGACGCUGUACGUGGCGCAAGGAAGACAAUUACGGCAGAUCAGCCUGAUCAGCGCCAAGCAUGCCGCGCUAGAGGGGCUUAGAGGUGGCUUGAGCUUGCAGAGCGUGCUAGCCACAGAGACGUACACCCUGCUCGCCCCGCAAUGGAGACAGGAUCGAUAUGCUCAACCUUUCGCUCGCCCACGAUCCACCACUCCAAGGCCAAGCGCGAUCGAUGCGGACAGUCAAGAGGUCGACUUUGAUUUCGAGAUUCAGUCGCUGGUCGUAAAUCCGACUGGCAGACUGAUCGCAGUGGUGGGCACGCACAGGCUCGUGGUGCUCGUUCUACCUCGAAGCGCUCAAUCCGGCCACUCGAGCGCCAAUGGUCAGCAAAUCAAGAGCUUGAACUGCUUGGCGGACAGAGUUGGAGAGUGGUAUCACGACGAACGAGCUUCGAAUGGCGCAGACAGUGACAAUGCUAUUUGUCAGGUCAAAUGGCACCCGUGGAGCGUCGAUGGUCUGGCCAUGCUGGUGUGCACCAGGGAUGGAAUGCUGCGGUGAGUGCUUGCAGGGUAAGCUGGAGGUCUUCAGCGUGGCCAGAGGCAUAUGUAUUCCAGCUGACUGUGGAUCACACGCACACACCCAGGGAGUACAACGCUGCGACUCCCGGCGAUCCUGUUCAAGUCGUUUCGCUGCUGCCCUCAGCUAGUGCCAACCCAGCUCCUCACGCAGACGCAUACCGACGCUCAACACGCAGUCCAUCCUACGGCUUUGCUCACCCAGCGCCCUCGAGCGCACAGCUCAGUUCCAAUAGACGCACCUCGGCCUCUUUCUCCGACGUCGCAGAGGGCAGAAGCUCAAAAAGGUGUGCAAGCUUUGCGCUUGGCGUUCGAGAGACGGAAGAGCAGGCAGGUGUUGAUACCGGAGCCAGGCAGCCAGGCUUGGGAGAGGAUGAGGGUGCACAGCCUACACAGCAGGAAAAGGAUAGCAACUUCUUGUCUCAAGGCUGGGAAGCGCUGACCGUCUGGUCUGUGGCUGAAAAUGGCGAUUUUUACGCGCUGUGUCCCUAUUUGCCGUUCAAUGCGUGAGUGUCCUUUUGAAAACUUGAAUGCUGAGCGUUUUUCUCACCAGCUCGUCCGAUAAAUCACCCUCCUCAGAAACAUACCUCUUCCACUUCUGCUUACCCUGAGCGCGAUGUCUCAAUCACUCUCGCCUAAUGAUCCCAUGCGCUCGCAAGCCCUGCGGUACGUUUCAGCGCUUCAACGCCAAGCGCAGUCCCAGCUAGAAAGUCCAACUCGGUCUAGGAAGGACGAGGACACCGCUGCGAGUGAGGCAAGUGUGCGCGUUCAGCCGCCUCCGCGCCAGAGCGGAAGCAACAUCACCUUGCAGGGACCCUGUCUACUCUCGAGCUCCCCGCACGAGCUGUCGGACGUCAGGGAGGCGCUCGUGACAGACCUUCUCUUGCUGCACCCUUCUCCGCUGGAAGACUCCUCCCCCUCUCCCGCUAGCCUCGACGGUGCAAAAUUUGAAGUAGCCGUGGUUGCGAGUGAUGAUGGUCGCUUGGACUUGGCAAUUUUGCCCAGGCUCAGUCCUUCUUGGGGCAAGAACAUCAAGACUGCUUCUUCAAAACGGGUCCAGAGAGGCAAGGCGCAGUCCUCGAACAGAUAUGGCUUUGUGAGUACACGUGCCUCAGGUGACAAUCUCGCUGGUGUGCUCAUUUGCCCGUCGUCUACAGCACGACAGCUCGGACGAAGAUGAAGAUGAUUUCGAUCAAUCUACGUCGCCUUCCAUUUUGCUUUACGAGACAAUCUCUUUAGGCGUUCAAGAAAGCGUCGUGGCCCGUCUUUCUCCUGAGAAAAGAGAAGAUUUAUCCGCCUUGGAGGCCGCGUUCUCUUCCCAGAGGACGACUUUGGUUCAAGACGCUCUGUAUGAUGACACGUUCUAUGCAUAUCACUCGCUCGGCGUGCACGCCAUCUGUGUUGGAGAAUGGGCUCGAAGCAUCUCCACCGCACUCGCAAAGGAAGCGGACUCGGAAGGUGCACCAGGAUCCGGAGCGCCUCUUGAUCAAGUUAUCAGAGAAGCUCCGCCUUCGACUGUCAGGUGGGCUGUCAAGACAUCCGCAGCUCUGCUCCCGUCACAGGACACGCCUGCCCACCCAUUGUCGGGACUCUGCAUCAUGACGGAUGUCUACCUUUCCUACGCUCUAAUCGCUUUAUCGCCCGGGCAGUCUGGAGGUGUGGCAGCGCUUGAGCUCAGCAUGCGAGUACCUGGACAACCCGAGCCAAGCAAUGGCGAUUCGACCAUCGAUCGCUCAAAGAGAGUGAGCGGCAAGCCCGCAGAAAAUGCGACCGCAAGCUCGGCGUACAUCUCUUUGCUGGGCGAAGGCUUCUCGCUACCUGCCAUUUUUAAAGACAUGCUGGGACUCGGACCCGGCAAUACGUCCAACGUCACCACUUCAAAGAUCAUCUAUUCUCCGUCUGUGGGCAGAGGCAAGGAAAUUGACAUGACGGCCGAGACGCUCAGAGCAUUGGGUCAAUCUGCUCAAUCGCUCAGGAUCAAAUUCAGGGCCGUCACCAGUGCUGUACAGGCGGUCCAAGCGCGGCUAGAUUUGCAGCUAAGAGAGCUGGAGCGUCAACUGAAUAAGAUUGAAGGGGUAAAGCAGAAAGUCGGUUUGCAGCAGCAGCAGCACAGAGGUGCGGACUCGACCGAAAAUGUGAAUGAAAGGAUAGAAAGAGUGGCCAAGAGGCAAAAGGAGCUGGUGAAGAGGACAGACCGGCUGCUUCAGGAUUUGAUGGACAAACAUCAGCCUGUGCUCAGCAUCUAUGAAGCGAAGUGGUUCGAGGAGCUUAAACAGCUAAAGAGCGUCGUCGGGCUCAAGAGGGAGGUCGAUGACGGUGAGCACGGCCAAAGAGGCGCGAUUGGCACAGAUCUUUCGGCCCAGGUCGAGAAGGUGAGUGCUGCAAGAGAUGGGGGUUCCCGUGAUUCGCGCCCUCAUCGAUUGCAUACAUGCGCUUCUGCUCUCAGCUCUCGUAUCAGCUUUCCACUUUGCGACCUCAGCUGCGCACUUUGGAACUUUCACAACGCUCGACGAUCGCGCGAGCAGGGCAGCCUGGAGGCAGACAGCUCGCAAAUGUGCAGUCCGCCUUGACGAAGGAGUGAGUUGCGACGAGUCACGGUGUGUGGGCAUGUGGCGCUGAAUUGUGACCUCUCUGCUCUGCUCGAUCACAUCCCUAGAGCUGCCUUGUUGGUCGAGGCGAGGGAGAAGAUCAAAUCUCUAUCGGGACGCAUGGCGCGCGAAACGAGAGAAGCGCGGGCGACGAGACGUGCGUGA